CUGUCCCCAUCGCCCGUUUUUACUCGAUUUUUGGGAAAUUCUUGGCUCGCUGCGGGAAUUAGGGAUUUUUUUCUAAGAGGGGGGUGUCUGGGCAUCUCCCCCCGGCGCCCGUUGCCUUGCUCCACCUGCCCUUGCGCCUUUUUUUCUUCUUUUCCCCUGUCUGUCUCUCCCACCAAACCCGGGCUGAUGUGCUGUGCGAGAGGCUGGAAAUGGAAGUGUUGAUGCUCUGGCUUUUCCCCUGGAUAUUUCAGUGCGUUUCGGUGCGGGCGGACUCCAUCAUCCACAUUGGUGCCAUUUUCGAGGGCAAUGCUGCCAAGGACGACGAGGUGUUCAAGCAGGCGGUGUCGGAUCUGAACCUCAAUGACGACAUCCUCCAGAGCGAGAAAAUCACUUACUCCAUCAAGCUCAUAGAGGCCAACAACCCCUUCCAUGCGGUGCAGGAAGCCUGUGACCUGAUGACCCUGGGGAUCUUAGCCUUGGUGACGUCCACCGGCUGUGCCUCGGCCAACGCCCUGCAGUCCCUGACGGAUGCCAUGCACAUCCCGCACCUUUUUGUCCAGCGGAACACGGGAGGCUCCCCCCGCACUGCCUGCCACCUGAACCCCAGCCUGGAGGAGGAGGAGUACACGCUGGCCGCCCGCCCGCCCGUCCGCCUCAACGACGUCAUGCUCAAACUGGUCACCGAGCUGCGCUGGCAGAAAUUCAUAGUGUUCUAUGACAGUGAUUAUG